ACAGUGCUCGGUGCACGCGUCAGGACAGGACGGGACAGAGCGCUGCUGUCAGGAGCCCCUGCACAGCACACUCGUUCCUUGCUGACCCGCAGCUUUUCUGAGGCGUUACUCCUGCAGGUGACCUCGAGGCCAGACCACAGUGUUUGCCAACCUGUGGCCUUCCCGAGGCUUCUCUUCUGCAGAUGCCCUCGAGGGCACACCGUGGCACUUGGUGACACGAAGCUUUCUCGAGGCAUCUCCAAUCCCUGGCGGCCUCUGCCGUCAAGAGCAGACCGUGGUAUUUGCUGACCACAGUCCUUGAUCUGGAGGAGUUCCCUGUCCUCGUGGCAGGAACCCUCAAGACCAAAGCGCAGUACUUGCUAUCCUGUAGCCUUGCCAAGACUUCACUCCUGCACGUGCCUUCAAGACACGACUGCAGGACUUAUUGACUCAGACCUUUUCUGAGUCAUCUGUCCUCCAAGUAGCCAUGAAUCCAGGCAAUGACAUAGAGCAGAAACCCCCAAGCAUGCCCCAGCUGGCCUUGGGGAAGGAAGAGAAAGAAGGCGCUGGAACUACCCCAGCACAGCAGCCUGAAGAGGUGGAGCAGUUCCAACCACCGCAGGAGGGUGCAGCCAUGGAGCGCACACGAGAGCAGCAACGCACCCGUGGCCUCUUCCGCAGAACAGCGCAGACGGUUUGCAAAUUCAUGAAGAGAAUUUGCGAGGAAGAGACCAGCGUCAUGGGCAGUAUGGUCAGAGCAUACUCUCCCAUCUUCAAAACUAAGACCAGUGCUGCCCUGCUGGAUAUGCUUGUGCAGGAGGGUCCUUCCAAUCCAAAGCAAGUGCCAGCCAUGGUGAGGUACAUCCACCAGUGGCUCAUGGCCAAUGAGCAGCCCGAGUACAACGUGUACAGGCCCCUUCUGGACCUGGCAGAGGCACAGCCCGCUGACGUGGUGAUGGCUCUCCUGCGUGUGGCCCCAUCGUGUGACAGAGCUGCUAUGGCCAUGUGGAAGAGCAUCAUGUGCUCGUGCAGGACUGCAGAGCCGGCCAUGCUGAUACUCCUGGAUGUGCUGGCCAGCUGGCCAGAGCACAGCACGAGCACCGCCGACGGGGACUGCACGGCUGUCCUUGCCCUGGCCGCAACUGUGGUGAUGUGGAAGAUGCUCCAGGUGCCCUGCCUCCCACAUGUUGUGACCGUGCAUUUCCCCCGCCUCUUUGUGCAUCUGCUCUUCCAAGUGCUCUCCAGCACACUGGACACGCCAGAGGCGGUCCAUACCUUCUGGAAGGGGUGCCAGCAGCAACACGGCCUUGCCACCAACCCCAACAGCUUUGCAGUGCAGACCCUGAAGGCCUUGCUCUGCCGACUGCACUAUAAGGAUGUGGUGGUGGCACUGGAAGAUAAGGGUGCCUGGGACACACUGCUCUGUGCUGACACCCUCCACUGUGCUGUAGGUGUGCUGGCCAGAGAAAUGCGCCACGCAUCCAUAGCCUUGUGUUCCAAGAUCGCCUUCUACCUGCUCGGGCUUCUCAGCAAAGACAUGCCAUGCUGGGAUUUGGCCACCAUGGCGUUCCUUGUCGAGAUCCUCGAGUGCCUGGCCUGGAAUGAAUGGCAUGAGCGCGUCCUGGGCAUCUUGUCAAAGAACCUGCAGAGCGAGUGCAGGGACAGGCAUCGCCUGGCACUCACAGGCCUCCUGGUGCUCGGCAAGAACAUCUCCAUGGCCAUACGAAUGUGGGGCCUGCACACAAGGCUCGUGGAGCUCCUGAGGGAAAAUGACAGCGACGUGGUUGGGAUGAGCAUCAUUCUCCUCAACUGUCUGUUCCCCUACAAUGGCACCAAGAUAGAAGCCUCCCUCGCCCUACAGCUGGCUGACAUGCUCCUGCCGCUCUUUGACAGCGAAGAUAGCCAGGUGCAGUUGAGCUCCAUGUUCAUCUUCCGAGACAUGAUAGAUUUUUCAUCGGAGAAGAUAAAAACGGCCCUGAAGUCACAUGUGCGCAGGAGCCUGCUCCCACUCUCCUUCCACUGCCACGACGAGAACCAGCGUGUGGCUAAGACCUCCCGGGCAGCGCUGCAUUCGUCAGCCACGUUCCUGCAGAGGAAGGACCUCCAAGAGGUGCUGCAGCUGGAGCAGACCUGGAGUUUCGGCGUGCUGGCAGAGGACAGGAGACGAGCGCCCGAGCACCUGCGGCGGGCCCUGCUGUACCUGGACAGCCCGCAGGAGCCCCUGCGACAGGCGGCCAUCAGCUUCAUCGGGAUGGCCGGGCGGCACCUCAGGGGGCACAAGCGAGAGCUCCAGCGCGUCUGCCAGGCCCUUGAAGACAAGGCGGAGGACAUCAGCCCUGCCAUCAGGAGUCAGGCUCUCGAAACAGCCUUUCUGCUGCGGGCACUAGAGAGACCUUCGGGCUCCAUCUUGGGGAAGCUGCUGCAUGAGUUCCGCGGGGCGCGCAGGAAGCGGCCUUCUCUGUGGUGCUGUGUCCGGCUCUGCUGCUGGACCUCUGAGGAGAGCUGAGUGGAGAGGCUCUCUGCCAGCUGGGGCUACCUGAGCCAGGGGGCCUUUUUCUUUCCUCCUUUUCAGAGUCCCACAAGCUUUCUUUUGGUGCUCAGAGUCCACAGGGGAGAGGGGAUAGGGGAAGACGGGUCCUUGUGCUGAGCAAGCUGCCCAGUCGUGCAGUGGGGAAGGGAAGAUGGCCAGAAGCCCCUUGGCCUUUGGUGGUUCUGCUGAAUCCUUAACACUGCAAGCUGAGCGGCUGGGCAGGAUCCCUGCGAGACCGGUGCCUGGAGAUGGCCACAAGGCCUAUCCCGGCCGGGAAGCGCCAUCUGUGUCCUCCUGCCCGAGUGCUGCCGGCUGGGUGGUUGAGGGCUGUAGGGAAGCCCUGAGGCAUUGUGUGCCAGGGGCCAUAAUCAGCCUCCAGGGGCCAUAAGCAGCCCCCAGGCAGCCGCCUUGUUCCUGCCACCUGGCUACUCUGGUGCUUCCCCAGAGAGCCUGCCGCGCCUGCAGCUGAAGGCCUCGAGGCCGGGCCUCAGCAGGGGCCUCUCAGGCACAGAUAUAGCAAUUAGGAAUAACUAGAUUCUUUACUAGGAAAAUUCUGAUAGAAAUACAAUAUUACAAAGAACAAUCCCAAAAACACUGACAGAGUCAGAAUACAGCCUGACACCCAGUCAGUCAGUCAGGGUGUUGGUAGCAGUCCCAUUAAAUGGUGACUACAGUUCUCCUGCAGUGGCAGAUGUGGUUCAGGUGAAGCAGUGCUCCUGUAGAAGGGUGCAGUUUUCCUCUGAAGGUCCAGGGAUGAUGUGGAAAGGUCCAGCUUUCUUAUGGAAUCCAGUGGAAAGAUGGAUAACUUGCUGUCCAAAAUCUCAGGUUUUAUCUGGGUAGGAAAGGCUUGGCUCUUUCCCCUGACGAGCAUCUCCCAAUGGGAUGAUGUAAUUUUAUCAGUCAUACAAUGGGACUUAAAGGCUCCACAGCAAAUGAUAUCUUCCUGGAGGAAUGAUGGGCUGUGGAAAAGAUAAAGAUGAUUUCCACACCUGGUUUUAAAGAUCGCCCAUUAGCAGAGAGUAUAUGCCACAGAUGGUGAUAGAAUACACAUUUCUGGCCACAUCAACCCAGCACAGUCUUAUAAAAUGUUAAAGUGUGGAUAUGACACUUAAAGAAACCAUAGUGCUAAGUUGAUGGUUGGAUUUGAUGAUCUUGGAGGUCUUUUCAAACUUUAAUGAGUCAAUGACUCUAUGAUUUGAAGUCCAUCUCCUUGCCAAGAACAUUGAUUUACAGGAAGCAAUGAAGAGAAACAUCUGUUACACCUACAGAGAGAAAAAGAGCUACACAUCCUUUACUAAGUCAUUUGACAAGGGAUUCUUCUGAAGAUACUCUUGAUCUACCAUGGUCAUCAGUUAGAUCUAUACUGAGAUUUAUUUUAAACUUUGAAUGAUUAAUGCAUAAUUAGUAUAAGCAACAAUCAGAGGAACCUGAGAGUUGACUCACAGCUGUGUUGAUUAUUCCUCUGAGUACAGAUGCAUUUGUUGUGGUGUUUCACUCAGACUCUUCUGCUGGCAAUUAGGGGCAGUGCCCUUUUACAAGGAUGUAACCACUUUCUAAGCUGUGCUAUAGUAACUGCAAUAAAGGAAGGCAAUGUG